AUGGCCGCUAGCGGCGUCGGAUUUGCGAACUUGGGAGCGUCCUGCUUCAUCAACGCGGGGCUGCAGGUCAUAUUCUCAGUGCCACGGCUUUGCCAGGCCAUCGAGACAGGCACCUCCGAGACAGAGCAAGCCCUGCAGACGGUGCUUGGCCUCGUCCGACAUGCACAGGGGAGAGUCAUGCCAAAACCGAUCACUGACAUGUUCUACGCAGGAAGACAGCAAGAUGCAGGCGAGUUCAUUCUCAGAGUCUUGGCAGACUGUGGCGCCACCCAUCAUCUGCUCGGCGGUGAAGAAGCUCCUCGGUUUCGCUGUCGACACUGCGACUACAUUCGACCUUUGCGUAUGGAAAGAAUUUUGUCUUUGCAGGUACCACUCAUGGCAGCAACUCCAGCAAGAUCUGUGCAGCAAGCACUUGAUGCAUACCUGGCCGCCGAGCACGUGCAAGCCGAUGUGCAGAAUUGGUGCUGCCUGAACUUUGACUGCCUCGACGCCGGCAGGGCUUUUGAUGACCCCCUGCACACGACCAACAUCAGUGUUUGGCCAGAAGUAUUGUUGCUAUUCCUAAAGCGGUGGGAUGCAGCGCACGGUCUUCUGAACCACCAGGUGCACUGCAACGACAUCCUCACCGCCGGAGCGCAUCGCUACAAGUUGCAGUCUCUCGCGACCCACAUCGGCCCAACUCCAACCUCGGGCCACUAUGUGGCAUACUGUCGUUGCAACUCUGGAUUUCUGAGGAUGGACGAUGACAAGGUCAGGAUGAUUGCUGCCAACACAACCGACUCUUUUGCCAUAGUUCCGGACGAGAAAGUCUACGUUGCGCUGUACGUGAAGUACAUCCCAUCCAGCGAGGAAGAAGAUCCUGAAUACCCCGGCGACAGUCCGAGACCGCCAGCAGUGAAGAGGCCGGCCAUCGACCUGGACAGCGACUCGGAUCUGCUUAACAACGAGAACCCGGACCUCGACAUUGACUCCGACGUCCUCCCUGUCUCGGAUGAACACCCGAACAUUGCUGCUGCCUCCAAGAUGACCACGGCUGGGAAUGGUGAGGCGUCCGUUGGCGUGACCAACGUCCCGGAUCCCAAGCAUCGAGCUCGGGUAGUCAUUGACCUCACGGAUAGCGAGCAUUCGUCGGACGGAACCGUCCCGACGGUUCCGCCAAGUUUGCCUCAGCAAGAUGAACGUACAGGGAAACCAAAACGGCUCCAGAACUUCGCCGAGUACACAGCAGAGGAACGCCAGCAGAUUGCCGAGAUUCUCCGCAACAGCACCACCUUGGAGAAUGCCAUCGCGCAAUUGCAGCAGGCGCUCUCCCAAUUCACAGCUCGAGAUAAGUCUUCCUCAACCUACUUGUCACGCAGGCUGCUGAAGAAUUGGUUCAACAACCAUCAUGCGCUUCAAAAAGCCUUGACAAGUUGUGCUCCUGCUGCAAAACCACAACCCUCCAGUUUCAAAGCAAGAUUUGGAACUGCUCGUGCCGGUCUCGAUGAUGAGACCCUGAGGAUAGUGGAGGUUGCCUUGCAAAACGCGCAAACAGCAGCCGAGCUGGAGCGUUUGCUGGCCAACACACUACCUGGCUUCAGCGCAACGGACAGGACCGCCGAGCACUACAUUGCCCGGGGUACCCUGUACAGCUGGCAUAUGAGAAAGGAUCCGUCAGCCAGCAAUCCAUCGCCAAGGCUGCCUGCCACAUGGCAUGAGGAACACCAGCAGAACUUUGCCAUCGCUUGCCAGCUGCCCGCCCCGAGACCAGCGGCCUCAGUGGCAGCAAACGACACGAGCGGACAGUGGCUGCUGCGUGGUUCGUGGACAUUCUGUGCCCGUUGCGGGCGCCGCAGGCCCCGCGCAAAGACGCCAUCCCUGGCCAAAGCCUACAAUCCGGCUGUAAUGUGCGUCCCAGUGUGCGACCAUGAUGCCCGAGAUCUACUGGCACCUCUGCAGACCAAGCUCAUUGUCAUCAACAAAUUGGAAGGAUACAUCAUGCCUGCGUUCACGCAUUGGCAGCCUUGGGCAACAUACAUUCGAAGCGGCGAGGUGUCAUUGGCCGGGCUGCUUUCCCACGAUGAUCUUCAGACCCUGGCGGUCCUAGACAUCAAGAUCGAAUUCCGCGCUAGACGAGGAGGCAACGCAGCAAUAUGCAGCAAGCAGAAGAGAACAGUCGUAAGAGCAAGAUGGCGCAGCUGCUCGCUGAUGACAGCAGUUCGCAGCAACGAGGCCUCUCGAGCCUUUCAGUGGUUGCUGGCAAACAACAGCACCUAUGCCGAUUACGUGCAGCAACAUGAAAACUUGCUCACAGACAACAACCAAGACGAGACCUGGCGCGAAGUGCCCACCGCCAAGCUGCUGCUCCAGAUGCCCGGCAUCGAGAUCGCAACAAGACCAUGGCUAUAUCCCAUCGCAAGCUACGCAGACACGGACAUCGCAAAACGGCUGACAACAUUGGGAUGGAUUUCUAGCUCACAGAAACCCAGCACCCGAGCCUCGUUCUUCAGGAAAAUGAACAGCCGUUGCAUCGAUUAUGUGAAGGACUUUCCUCUCCAGUGUCUGAUGUACGAUGUGUGUAUGGCCAAGACGAUAUCUUCCGUACUGAAUAUCGCCAAUCAGAAGCACACAGCUCCUGAACAAAUUGCCUGCGGCAUGGACAUGUUCGAAGGCUAUUGGCACCAACAGCUCAGAAAAAUGGAGGAUAUAUGCCGCCAGGAGUUCGAAACGUCCGGCAACAUGUGCGACGCUCUGCCAAGCAUCUUCUUCACAAUUGCGCCGGCGGAGUGGAAAUACACACUCCCGGACGGUGUUUUCUUUGACGACUCCCUCAGCGAUCAACAGGCAUUGCUGACGAUGCACUUGCAUCGCACUCUGGCAAGCCUCCUUGAAAUCCAUUUGCUGAAGGAAGGUCGCAGCCUCAAGGAAAUCGGCAUCGCCAAGAUCCGCCAGUGGAGCUUUCGAUUCGAGUUUCAAUCACGCGGAACUCUUCAUCUGCACGCAGUUCUGUGGGCUGACUUGAUGGAGAACUGGACAGCAGAUGAUCUCUGUGGACGAAGCAACUCUGACAAAAGCAGCCCUUUCUUGCGGCUACUCGAGAGGCUCUUCAAUUCAAGGGCUGACGUCCAGUGUGGAGACGGCACACACGUCCUGUUGAAGUAUGUCGCAGGGUACCUGGCAAAGGCAUCGGAUGCACUCCAAUUCCAAGCGAAGCAAGCCCAACACGAUGGUAAGCUCGGCGGAGAAUGGCGCCAGACAUAUAGACUCUUGUCAAAGCGUUCGCCGAUGGAGCAGGAAAUGACAAUGGAGUUUGCAGGGCUGCCCAUGGUGAAACACUCAUUCUCGGGCCUGGCCAUCUUUGCGCCAAUCCCGGGCAGCACAGCCAAGAACGAUUCUCGUCAUCAUUAUGAGGCGUAUCAGCACUACUUGAGCGCAUCAAAGGACACCUUCGGCUGCUCUCGCGACCUGACCUACAUCCAGUGGCUACGCAAGUAUCGCUUGGCAGACACCAAGCAUGGCAAAUAUCCAGUUCUGGCUCGCAAUCUAGCUGGACCUGCAGCAGGAAAAGCUUGCGGGGUCGCUGUAACCUUUCCCUUCGAGCUUCUCGACAUCUACGUGGGCGCUUGGGCUGCUUCCUGCCUGAAGAACGUGCUGGAAAUUCGCCUUAAUCCACACAUCGCAGAUGUCAACAAGUAUCCGAGCAGUCACGCCAACGAGCUGGCGCGUCGCAAUUCAUUCGAAGCACCCGAAGGCUGCCGUCACCUCAAGGCCGUUCUGUGCUUGGAUGAGUUCCAGUUGGAGCAUGCUCGAGAGGAUCACUUCGAGCCGGACGUAGGAAAUCUACUGGCCCAAAUGGAAACGGAGCUGUUGUUCCGAGGCCUUGGUCAAGAUCGAGUUGCCACCUUCAAAGCCAGACUGCACGCUUGUACUUUCCUGCUCAAGAAAAUCUAUAGCGGCGAGGAAGAUGCUGGGUUGUGGAAUGCAAGGAGAGUUCCGCAUUUGCCUGCCCGCCAGUGGUCCACAGAACAGGAAACGGUGCUCAACUACAUCCGUAGAGGCACCUGCGUCAGCGACGCUGCCGAGACAGAAGCCAGCUCGCGUAUUCUCCAGGUCAGUGGUGGCCCCGGCACGGGCAAGACAGAAGUUGUCAUUGCGGCUGCAAAGGCUGCCCUGGACGACGGGUGCCGUGUGCUCAUCGCGGGCCCCAUCGGCCUGUUGCGCCUGCCAGCCAACGACAACCUCACCAUGGAAACCAUACAUUCAGCGUUCCAUAUCACUCGCGAAGCUGACGAACCAUACAUUCCACCUGGCCGCCUGCGAAGAUUCGAUCUCAUCAUACUCGACGAGAUCAGCCAGAUCGACUCGGACACCUGGAGAAAGCUAAAGGUAGCCUUGUCGGAGCUGACGCCCUGCCCCUAUGUUGUCUUCGUGGGCGACUUCCAGCAGCUACAACCCAUCUCAGGUCCGUCCUUGCUGCAAAAAGAUCUGGGGCGUGAGGUCACGGCUGGCUUGCCUCUGAUAGAGUUAAAGCACCACGAAGCAGCUCGCUCUGUAGACCCAGACAUGCUGCUGUUCUUGGAGAGAGCACGACUUCAACAACCCUCCAGAGCAGAGCUGCAAUCUUUCUUCCACGGGCGGACAUGGUCAUCAGAUUUGGCAGCAGCAGUACAAAAUGCAAGAACGCUAGAGGAGCAGAACAACAAGCCGUUCACCUUCCUCACCAUCACAAAUCGAGGAGCUGCAGCCGUGAAUCUUGCAAGACUGCAGCAAGAGUUCCCGCGUGAAGCUCAACAGCUAGCACAAGGCAGGGGCAUCCCAGCAGAGACUGGAAAAGUGGUGCUGGCCCCUGGUAUGCGCAUUCGCCUUACAAGCAAUGUGGACAAGGACAGAGGUUUCGUGAACGGCAACACCGGAGUGGUUCGUAAUGUCCUGCAACCAGAUGUGUUCGUUCUCCAAAGCUCCCAGAAUGUGCUUAUCCUUGUGCAUCCGAUCACGGUGAAGGGCUACAAAUACCUUCCGGUCGCCUAUGGCUGGGCGACCACUAUGAGGCGAGCGCAAGGCGCAACGUUAGAUCAGAUCGGACUCUGGUUUGAUAGAAGGGUCGCCGAUCGUGGGUACGCCUACGUGGGCGCGUCCCGAGCUAAGCGCCGUGCAGACGUUUAUCUCAUGGGCCGAGUGCGCCGGACAGACUGGCGGCCAGUGGGACUGGGCGAUCCAAACGAACAACAAUUCCCGUCAGCGAUGAGCGAGAGCACAGACCCGGAGGAUGAGCAGUCAAGAAGCCCGACAUCAGCAAGCUCGGAAUGCUCAGAAGAACCGGACUCCAGUGACUUCAGCUCUCUCAGUGCAAGCCCAAUGUAG